UUAGUAAAGAUGUUCAAGCAACUUUUCCUUUUCUCCGCUUUUCUUCUCGUAUUGCUAGAUGCUUCCACUCCAGCAGUCCCAUCAAGAGAAAGCGUAGUAGCCGGUCUUGUUGCCAAUGGGCUCAAGAAGGACUUGGUGGAGAAGAUUCUCGAGUUGAGAGAGAAGUACAAUACGGAGAUCAUCAAGGCGAAUGCAUCGGGCAAUCAAAAACUAAUGCAGGCCACGUGGAACAAGCAUCAGGAGUUGUACCAUAAGUUGUUCGCAAAGGUGACCAAGGAGCAGAAGGAGAUUUAUGAGAAACUCAAUAAGCAGUACCAUCUUUACUUUUGAUUUUGUUUUCUUGGGGAAGGCUAAUAAACUUUAUUAAUUGUUAUC